ACUUUAUCACGUAGAACUUUGAUGGAUUACCAGCCAACUGUAUAAUCGUUCGAUAAAGAUCAAAUAUCCAGUAAAAUACCUUUCAAGGAGGGAAAUGCAGAGAAUAAGUGCCCGAUAAGAAAAUUAAAAAAUCAAAAAAUCAAUCAGGCUGUUUCUAAGGAAGCAAAGUUGCAGAUUUUAGCUGUGCAGUUGUGUAAUAAUGUGAAUGGAAUUGCGGAAUCUGAUGGAUGGCUUAGGACUGGAGUGAAUAUACUGUAGGACCACAAUUUGCAGCGAAAAGAGCUCAAAAUGGCUUCAGCACCAGACAAUCGAUUUGAUUCGGCCACAGUGCUUGCAAUUCUACUUGCAGCUACAGAGGAUAUCUUAACUGGUCCAUUUGAGGCUCCUGAGCCACGGGGUCCAGAGUUGCCCCCUGGGGUAACAGCUGGGGGUUACCCUGAGGAAAUGUUCCUGGGUCUUGUAGAGGAAGCUAAACACAGAAUUGAAUGUGGCAUAUGUUACAACAUUCUGAAGAACACUCGUAGAUGUAGUAAUGAACACAAGUUUUGUACAACAUGUAUCUAUGCCUGGACUACUACAGGGGGCGCUGGCAAUGAUAAAUGUCCAGUAUGUCGUACUAAAGGAUUCUAUGUGAAAGACCCUGCUCUCGAUGAACAAAUUGGAAAAGAGAGAGUAAAAUGUGUAAAUGAAUCAUGUAAGUGGCAAGGACUGUUAAAGGACUUUCAGUACCACAGACAUGGAUAUGACAUGCACCCUAAACAGGAGGCUGAAAUCAAUGCUUUGAAUAAAAUAGGAGUUGGUUAUUUAUUAAACAGGCAAAAUGACUCAAGGAAUACACUGGAGGAUAUACUAGUCCCAGGAUCUCAGUCUAGGCACAGAGCUGAUGGGAUAUCACCAUUUGCCUCUGACACUGUGCCAACUGCUGAGGAAUCUGAUCACGAGGAUGAUGAAAAUGAUAAUGCUCUCCCUCAUAUAUUUGGAUUCCCUCAUCUCUCAUCAGGGUUUAAUCCCCGUGGUGAAGCAGAGCGAUCAAAUCGUAGAAGACGUCACCAAAGAAUGACCCAUCAGCUGCAAGAAGGUCGUGAAAGGCUGGCUAAUUUGAUGGAUAUUUUCAAUCAGCAGUUGUUAGUACGUCGUGCGAAUAUCCUUGCCUUACAACAAGAGCGAGAGCAACGAAGGAGGCAACAAUUAGCUGAAGUGAGGCAUAUAGGACAGAGGUUGGAAGAUGUUUCCAGCAAUCUCAUGUCUUUGUUAACUGACAUGGAUGGUCAGUUGGAUGAUUCACGGGCCUAUAUCAAUAAUCAGAGAUCUGAGACCCAGCGAGCCAAUGAUCUGUUGAGGCAGCCACUGCGGCAGUCUUCUUUACGCCGUGAUGAAAAUUUGACGGCAGAGGAAUCUCAGAGACUCAAUGAGAUUCUAGAUGAAUCACAAGAAUCAUCUCCUAGGAAUCCAUUCAGAAUUUCAGUGGAUCAUACACCCAAUCUUAAUAGUGGAGCACGGUUUAGAGCAUCACAAGCUCAGAAUGACACAUCCCAAAAUCAGAACAGUCCCAGAGGAGGUCAUUUAGUCCCAUUAAGCAACUCACCCAGGGAACCUACAGGUAAUUCACGCGGGUCUCAUCCCAGUAGGGUCUCCAGAAGCCCUGUAGCCCCUGCUCCUUUAAGUAUGGACAAUGCACCAAGCAGCCUUAACACCCCUAAUGUUCUGAGGACAGUCAAUAGAAAUACAGACAUUAGAAGUAAUACUGAGACAUCAAGUAUAAAUGCUUCAAGAUUUCAAGAGAGAAUACAAAGGUCUUCACCAGACAAUAUCAUCCAUAGGCCCUCAAGUAGAUCACGGAGGUCUAUAGACUCCAGACCCAGUAGUGCCACACCAUCCAGAUUGCCAACAUCUAAUCCCACUAACACUACAAGCUCUCUACCAGGACCACCACCCUCUAGUACUGCCCAGAGGGUGCUGGAUACAAUGUCUUCACAGGAGCCCCAGUCACCAAGUAGGAACCCAUACAGAACUGUCGUAAACAGAGUGCCUUCUGCACGGUCACAAACUGGACAAUCUACAGAGAUUCAUUCUGGUGUCCGAAUCCCACCAAACACAGAGAGUUCUUCAAGGCCAACUAUGCACGUUGAUACAAGCCCCCGACGACGUGUUGUGCUGCCCUCUAGUGACCCAUCACAGGUGAAUGAUCAGCGAUUUGGAACAUUGUCACGGUCGUUGGACAGGGGUCAAUCAGGUGCACGACUUAAUGGAUCUCAAGACUCCUCAGGUUCUCGCAAUCAUUCCAUGUCGCCUAGGAGACGCCUACGGAGGAGUCAGACAACAAGAAACAAUCUACAGGGAAAUUAAGAAACUUUUUAUAUUCCUAUGUAAGAUGACCACUUGAUUUAUACAACAAGAGUCAUUGCCUUGAUAAUCUGCAUUUGGUUGUGUGAUAAAAUAGACAUUUUCCAUAGAUUCAGACUUAAGUUGUCUUAAGUUGGGUGUUUUUCUAAGUUGGUGAGGUAUAAAUCAACAUUAGCAGAGCCUGCUUGUAGUAGAGUUCUGGAUAGAUAUAGUUUCAAAACUGUUAAUAUUAUAUAUAUUAUAAUAUUUUUCUAUAAAUUGUACAUUAUUUUUUAAUUACAACAGGGUUCAGCAUUUGAUAUUACAUUUGUUCUUAGCUUUUGUAAAUAGAUUUAUAAGCAUUUGUAUUGACCAACUAUUGAUUAAUGAAUAAGUAAUUUUGCCACAGGGAAUUCAUACAGACACAUAAUGCCAAAUGGACCGUGAUUUUGUUUAGCAUUAUCUAUUGGACCUUAUGCUCUGGUCUCAGAGGUGUUAAGUCGUGAGCAUGACUUCUCUUAAAUUGUUCAGUUUUCUGAUUUAUUUCCCUGUUCCUAGUCUAGCUACAAGCCCCUGUGACCCCCUCCCACUCCUUGACUACACAGGUAUGAAAACUUGUCUCUCUGGGAGUUGCGUAGUGGGGG